CUCCCGCUGAAGAAAGUUAACCACACCCUCUGUUACUUUUGACUCUUCUCACAGACAGUGAUCACGUUCUCUUUGAUAUAGAGAGAGAAACUGAGGACAGAGAGAGAGAGGGAGAACUAGCUUGGUUCUUAUAACAGAGAAGAAAACCACCAUUUUCAACCCAAACCAAAACAUGGGUUUUGCUGUUCUUCUCAUCUCCUUCCUGAUUUUCUUCACAAACCCCUUAUGGGUUUGUGGAAACGCAGAGUUAAAAGCACUUUUGGACAUGAAAGCGCUUUUGGACCCGCAAAGCUUGUAUCUUUCUUCGUGGACCGUCAAUGGCGACCCCUGCGGCGGGUCCUUUGAAGGAAUAGGGUGCAAUGAGGCGGGUCAAGUUGCUAACAUUUCGCUGCAGGGAAAGGGGUUCACUGGGAAGCUAUCUCCCUCCAUUGCAGGGCUCAAGCAUUUGACUGGCAUUUACUUGCAUUACAACUCUCUGCAUGGAGAGAUUCCCAGAGAGAUUGCCAACUUGACGGAGCUGAGUGACUUAUAUUUGAAUGUGAAUAAUCUCUCUGGAGUGAUCCCUCCCGAGAUCGGAAAUAUGAGCAACUUGCAAGUUUUGCAACUUUGCUAUAAUCAGCUCACCGGAAGCAUUCCCACGCAGCUGGGAUCUUUGAAAAACCUGAGCGUUCUUGCUCUGCAAUCUAACCACUUAACCGGCGCAAUACCGGCAAGUUUGGGGGACUUAGAAAUGUUGAUGAGACUGGAUUUGAGUGUCAAUCAUCUUUUCGGUUCUAUUCCCACAAAACUUGCUGAUGCCCCGGUGCUUGAAGUUCUAGACGUUCGGAAUAAUACUCUAUCCGGCAAUGUACCUCUUGCUUUGAAGAGACUUAAUGAAGGAUUCUCUUAUGAAAACAAUCUGGGAUUAUGUGGAGCUGGAUUCAUGUCCUUAACCGCCUGCACUACUUCCAGUCAUCCCAACGCGAGUAGACCCGAACCCUUUGGAGCUGGCGUGCCAACAAGAGACUUCCCGGAAACUGCAAAUGUGCCUUUGCCAUGCAACCAAACUCAUUGCUCCAAUUUGUCAAAAUCCCAUCAAGCCUCUGUUGCUGUUGUUGUUGGUGUCAUUGUAGUAACUAUUGCAUUAUCAGGUGUGGUGUUUGUAUUCUUUACCCAACACCGACGCAGGAAACAGAAGCUUGGUAACUCAUUUGAUAUCGCUGAUGGCCGUUUUAGUACUGACGAGGCCAAAGCCAAUGGAGUUUACAGGAAGAAUGGAUCUCCUCUCAUCAGCCUUGAGUAUGCCAACGGCUGGGAUCCUUUAGCUAAUGGGAGGAAUUUAAGUGCGUUUGCACAAGAAGUCUUCGGUGGCUUUAGAUUCAAUUUGGAAGAGGUGGAGACGGCUACUCAGUAUUUCUCAGAGGUGAAUUUAUUGGGUAGGAGUAACUUCUCUGCAACAUAUAAAGGAAUACUACGAGACGGGUCUGCUGUUGCCAUUAAGAGCAUUGGCAAAUCAUGCUGCAAGACCGAGGAAUCUGAAUUCUUGAAGGGAUUGAACAUGUUAACCUUGUUGAGGCACGAAAAUUUGGUGAAGUUGAGAGGGUUUUGUUGCUCAAAGGGCCGGGGAGAAUGCUUCCUCAUUUAUGACUUUGUUCCUAAUGGAAAUUUGCUGCAGUAUCUUGAUGUCAAGGACGGCGACAGCCAUGUUCUUGAAUGGACUACUAGGGUUUGUAUUGUGAAGGGCAUUGCUAAAGGUCUAUCUUAUUUACAUGGAUACAAGCCAAACAAACCUCCCCUUGUUCACCAAAACAUCUCAGCUGAGAAGGUGCUGAUCGACCAGCGAUACAACCCCUUGCUUUCCGACUCUGGCCUGCACAAGCUUCUAACCAAUGAUGUUGUCUUCUCAGCACUCAAGGCCAGCGCUGCAAUGGGAUACCUAGCUCCCGAGUACACCACCACAGGACGGUUCACAGAGAAAAGUGACGUUUAUGCAUUUGGGGUGCUCAUUCUCCAAAUCCUAUCAGGGAAGCGGAAAGUCACCAGUGCAAUGCGCAUUGGGGCUGAGUCAGGCAGGUUCCAAGAUUUCAUCGACCAAAACCUCAAUGGAAGGUUCUUCGAAUACGAAGCAUCCAAGCUUGCAAAGACUGCUUUGCUUUGCACCCAUGAGUCUGCGAUUGAGAGACCUUCUAUGGAAGAAGUUGUUCAGGAGUUGAGUAAUUGUAGCAGUUGUGUCUGACUCCUGGGUGCUGUCUUUUUUGUUCAACCAUUGCGUCAGGACUAUUCAGAUUGGUAAUGGACGACUCAUGGUUAGCUGAAAACUAACUGCUAACUUCGGAUGUAAUUCUAAGGAUUUUUAUGUUGUAAUGUUGUGUCCUCUUUCUUGAGGACCAAGCUUCGUUGUGAAUGUUGUUAGACCAUUGUUUAAUGUAGCCUACUACUGGCCUUUAGAUGGUUUUUU